AUGUUCCACAACGUAUUAAUGACUACUCUGACUCCUUUAAGUAACAUAAAUGAGAUCGAUUGUUGGGAAAACAGGCCAUUUACAAAUGUGUCGCCUGAUAAAAACGAGCAAAGAUUAUACGAUACUAAUAUUACAAGAACAAUAAAAAAGAAAAACAAAAGAAUUCGCACAUCUUAUACUACGGAGCAGCUUAGAGUAUUGGAAAGAACGUUUUCUCGCACGAAAUACAUCGACCGUGAACGUCGUCGGGAGCUCUCGGAAGUUUUAGGCCUCGGAGAAAAGUGUGUCAAAGUUUGGUUCCAGAAUAGAAGGAUGAAGGAGAAGAAAGAUAAUUCUGAAUCGAGUGGUGACUCAUCCAGUGAAGGCCAUGCUGAUUCUGUAUCCCUUUCAACUUCAGCACAUACUGAAGAUUUUAAAACACAGAAAGCACAGUGUCCUACAAAUUAUUUGAACGCUGAGCAUACAAUGAAAUCUUAUUAUUUUAGCAAAGAUUAUGAACAAAAGAUUUUAGAACAAAAUCAGUUUUUACAUUUUCAAGAAAUGAAUCGGCAACAUUUUAAUAACUCUCAAUAUAUACAUUAUUCUUUUCAGAAUGAUACAAAUGUUUAUCCAACGCAGUAUUAUCCAAACAUUCAAAAUGAAUGUAAUUUCAUGUCGCCACCAUAUAAUCAGUAUUACAAUAGCGAGACACAAUUGUGCUCAGAAGGUAAUUUUCCUUUAAAAUAUUUAUAG